UUUACAAUUAACUUAAAGAUGCAUUCAAUGCCAAACUAUUGUUUAGUAAUUUAAUAGCAGAGGAGCAGAAAUUGGGUCACUAUUUACAAGUUUUAAGAAUAAGUGAACUGAUCAGUCGUUAAAUUUCUCUUUUCUUUUUCUAGUAAUCAUUUUAGAAUUGCUACUUACAGUAAAGCAAAAUUUUUAGAGGCGAUACCGAAAGUGUUGUUUCGGGGCGAUUUAAAAAAAAUACUUAAAACUACGAGGGAUUUUUUUUAAACAAGUUGUAAACUUAAACAAAAUGAACUAAACUGAAAAAAAGUCAUUGUAACUGUGUACGAAACUGCACUGCAGCCGCUGUUGCUGAAUCGUUGCGGCAAUAAACGGAGCAGCAGAGAAGAGUAGACCUACAACAUCCGGGCAAUAGUCAGCUUGCGCAGAAACGGAAUGGCGGAGGUGGGUGAUAAGCAUCUAAACAUGAAUGCAGAGCUUGUGGCCUAGUGGAGAGUGGAGGAGAUACAGCAAUGAAGGCCCUCAUCUGCAGAAGCAGAAGUCUUUACGGGUCUUAGAGGAGUUGGAGGAGGAGAAGAGUCCUCGCUCCAUGAAGAUGGCGACACCAUCCCACACUACCAGUGAGCUUCCCUUGGAGGAGCUGCUGGCUUUCUAUGGCUAUACAGUAUCAGAUCCAGAGAAGGAGACCUGUCACAUGGCUGCCAGUUUGCCAGACAUGACACUGGACAAGGAUCAGAUAACUGAGGAUCUCUUCCCUGGGGAGCAGGAAGAAGAAUCAUUAGCCGACGAUCUCACCCCCUCAGUCACCUCAAACACCUCAGAUCUGCUUCGCCGCAUCCAAGGUGGAGACAAAGACACAUUGGUCAGUUCAUCAGAUGAGGACUCUGAUGAUGUCUCUAUUCCAUCCAAUGAAGAGCACAAGGAGAUAAUGGUUGGCUCCAUGUAUCAGGCAAAAAUCCCUCCAAUGAGCCCGUACACCUACCAGGACAGAGCUUACAGCACCGAAGACCAGUUGUUGUGGAGACCAGGGGUUCUGCCAGUGCAUGAAGUGGAGGAGUUCUUGCUGAAUGCACAAAGACCCCGUGGCCAGGAGGAGGCACUAGGAACCCAGGGGGUCAUUGUCCAAGACAAUGAACAGGCACUGUACGAGUUAGUCAAAUGCAACUUCAAUGUCGAAGAGGCACUGAGGCGAUUUCGUUUCAACGUGAAAGUAUUCAGUGAAGAGCUCUGCUCCUGGAGCGAGGAGGAGUGCAGGAACUUUGAGCAUGGGUAUCGAGUUUAUGGGAAAAACUUCCACCUCAUUCAGGCAAAUAAGGUACGAACACGCUCAGUGGGCGAGUGUGUGGAGUAUUACUACAUGUGGAAGAAGUCUGAGCGUCACAAGUACUUUAUUCAGCAGGCUACCAGGCUGAGCCGCAAGAAGUACAGCCUGCAAUCAGGGAGCAUGGAGGAUGGAGACCAGGAUGGGGAGGUUGUGGAACUGGAGGGAAGCAACAGUUCCUCAAGGUUGUUGUCUCACAGCUCCAUGGGCACAGGGCAGCUGGAGUCCCCGUUACCUCCACAGUCGAACCUGGACCAGGACAAACAAGAAGAAGAGGGCCGCCCAAGGCGCAGACGAACUCCCCGUUUUCUCUUAAAGCCAUGACCUCAGUCCACUCAGGCCACAGACAGCAGGUUGAGCAGCCUGCAGAUGGUGAGCUGAUGAUGGGCUUGUCAGAGCUGUGCGGCGACGAGUGUCCUCAGCAGCUGUUCGGAUGUCCUUUCUCUCUCCCGCCCAUAGACGGCCUGCAGGAAUCUGGCUCAGAUAGUUGUUGUCCUUCAGCUCCAGUCCAGCUCCAGUCUCAGCUCUUUGCUGAGAGCUCCCAGUGGGCCUGCGGGAACUCUCCGGCCCUCCAUGACAACCACGGGCUCCCAAACUCUUGUUUCUUUCAGCUACACAUGCGUGGCGAACAUUUACUUUCUGAGGGCCCUGACUGUGGUACAGCGAGCGGUGGGGCCAGUGCUUCCCACAUGCUGCAGGUGGAAUUUAGCCUGCCGUCCUCUUCAUCAUCCUCAACCGCUGUCCUCCCGUCACACUUCCAGGCAUUCGGCAGUUUGCUUCACUCCUCACCCGUCCAGCAUCCUCGCUCUCUCACACAGUGAAGGGGACAUGGAGAUAUCUAAGUGGUACUCUGUGUAAUUUGCCCUGUGUGUUUUUGGUUGGUAGUGAUGUUUUACAGCAAGGUAGAGAAGAAAUGAGAGGACAAAAAGUGCGUUAAUGCAACUUGCUUGAAAACUGAUGGACCUAUUACCUGUGUUAGCGGGUGACUUGAGUGCCUCUUCUUAAACGGAGACGCUCGAAUCCGACGCCCAUUGUGGAAUGAUGACUGUAUUAUUAAUCACUACUUUCAGGCAUUGAUUAUGUGCUGCUGUCCAUUAUUCCUGAAACUGAUUAUUGACAAUGUUGACCACUGCUGCUUUGUUUUCUUAUUUAUCAGAACGGACAAAUUUGACUGCUGCUCAGAUUUGGUUUCUUUCCCCAGAUUCUUACCGUGAAUACAGACAACAUGACUUUUUUAUGCUCUUCAUAUCAGUCAGCAUCUUCACUGCUGCAGCCAUUUCAGAUCGGACUGUACCUCACAUCAUGUAAUGUGGGGGGGGAUGUCUGACUACAGAGUAAAUCUGUCCACUUAUACAACAUAGAAUAGUUUAUUUAAACAUUAACUUAAAAUGUUUUCUCCUUUCUUGGCCCUACAUAUCUGCUUUGUCUUUAUUCUGCAGAAAAGUUCAUCUUUCUUAAGGUUUUUUUUUUUUUUUUUUUUUUUUAAUAUGAACACCUUAAACAAAAAAAGUUCUACGGCUGAUUUGAAUGUGCAGCAAUGUAGGAGCCUAAUGGAGCGCAAUAAUUUCCUGUUUUAUUGUAUUUUAUUUCUUUUUUAAUUUCCUUUCUUUUUGCUUCUGUGGAAAUGUUCCUCUUUUUUUCCCACCACUGAAAAUGUAUAUAGAUUUAUAAAGGUGCAGGGUUUUGUCAUCAGUCAUGAACACCAUUUCUCAUAUGAUGAAUAACUGCUACCAUGAUGAGCCUGUUUCAUAUAAUGGGCUUAAAAAUGAAAGACUGAAAUAUAAAACUUUACAUGCUAA